CCUUCCAGCGCUUCAGAUUUUUGGCUUUAUUAGCUAGCAGAGCUCAGCUCUCUGGUUCGCUUCAUAGUUAUGGCUCGUUUACAGUACCACAUGCCAGUGGCGGCAAUGUUGCUGGUUCAGUUCAUUUACGCUGGCCUCUCCCUCAGCACCAGAGUCGCUCUAUUACAGGGCUUGAGUCCUCCAGUUUUUGUCCUCUAUCGACAAGCUAUAGCCACUACUGUUCUCGCACCCGCUGCCUAUUUCUCAAGAAGAAAAUCUGCCUCGUGUUCCUUGACACUAAGGAGUUUCACCUUGUUAUUCUUGUCCUCGUUUAUAGGCGUUACGUUGAACCAGAAUGCUUAUUUCGAGGGUCUGCAUCGGGCGUCGUCCUCAAUUGCAACUGCUAUGGGAAAUCUUGUUCCAGCCAUUACAUUUAUAAUUGCAGUUUUUGCAGGAAUGGAGAGAGUGAAUCUUCGGAGCUCGAGAAGUGUAGCAAAGAUCGCAGGGACGUUGAUGUGCGUGAGUGGAGCUGUGUCCAUAGCACUGCUGAAAGGUCCAAAGCUAUUAAACUCAUAUCUGCUGCUUCCAGAACCAGUCAUGGAGUCCGGAGAUGAUCAGAACUGGUUGCUGGGUUGGAUAUCUCUGUUUGCAAGCUGUUUUCUAUGGGCAAUUUGGCUGAUUUUGCAGGUUCCAACCACUGCGAGCCACCCAGAUCACCUAUCUUCGUCAGCUUGGCUGUGUUUCAUGGCAACACUACAAUCAACAGCAGUCACUCUGGUCAUGGAACGAGACCCGCAAACAUGGAAGCUCCAUUCUGUACUUGAACUGUGUUGCUGUCUAUACUCACAGGGAGUGAUGGGAUCUGCAGUAACGUUCUUUUUGCAAGCAUGGUGCAUUUCACGCAGAGGUCCUCUCUUUUCAGCAAUGUUCAAUCCCCUGUGCACAGUAAUUGUGACAGUAUUUGCUGCGUUAUUUCUUCACGAAGAGAUCUACACUGGAAGCUUGAUAGGAGCUGCAGGAGUGAUAAUGGGUUUGUAUGUUGUGCUGUGGGGUAAAGCUGGAGAAGUUGACGAUGAGACGAGAGAUCUGCAGGAGAAGGAUCCGACAUUAACGAAAAGUGGUGGAACAGUGCACGAUACGAUCAAUAUAUUGGAAGAUGAUUUAUUGUUUGAACAAAACACGUUGUCAAAUUGAUUUCAAGGAACAGCUCCUCUCUGCUAAAAAAUAAUGAUGCUGAACCACAUUUUUAGGACAAAGCUUGUUUUUCAGUGCGUUAUAAUGAUCCAUCUUCAUGUUUUUAUUUUUGGAGUUCUGGGUAUAAAAAGCUGGAUUAAGCUAAACUUAGCA